GUGGAAGAUGGCGUGUUGGUCUACCAACUCAGGGCAACGCUUUUGACUAUGAGAUACGCCGAGUCCUGAGAGACUAUGGCAACGCCCUGUUCCAGAUCAACAACCAGAUCUACGCAAUGUGGUGUAAGGACAAUUUCUACUAUUUACUGGAUCCCUACAGGCAUAUUGUGGUCAGCCCACAAGCACAGAAAAAUGGCAUGAAAUUGGAGAAGUGGGCGACGGUGCGAAUGUUUCGUGAUUUGUGUGGCAUGCUCAAUGUUUUCCAUCAACUGCUGAAGGAGUCCAAUCGCCAUGCACCGUUCUACUUGCAUGUCGUGCGCAUCAAGAAUAUAGCAAAAUGUCCGCAUGGAUAUGCGCUGAAGCCGAGGGCCGAAGAUGCGUAUUGUGAGUUAAAGCCUAUUAACGAGCCCAUUGACUUUCCUCAACAGUUGGGCAAGUGCGCCCGCCAGCUGGCCGAGAUUAGUGAUUUCGAACCGGAUAUGAUCAGCACCACAGAGGAUGCAACCGAGUUGGAGACAUUGAAGCUCGUCUCUGGGCCGGACCGUGCCAUCGAGCCGGCGGAGGAGGUMGGCUUGGAAAAAGUACAGGUGGAGGUGGAGGUGGAGACUAUAAAGCCAGCUCGAUUCAGGCGAGACAUAAACAAUGAAAAAACCAAUUUCGAUAAGAAGGGAGGGGGAGUARCAAAUACGAAAGCAAAUUUUCAGACACAGAUGUCCAAUAAGCCGAAAAUGGCAAUAUUAGCGGCUGCAGCAUCCCUCAAACCGCCUAAAGUUCCACCUAGCACCAAGCCACCACGAAGUGAAGGCGGCUUAGAGCAACUCGUUGCGCCCGCUGCCCGGCAAAUGGCGCCGAGAAUGAAGCGCAAGGGUUUUCAAGCUGACACCGUGUCGACACUGGCCAAGAAAGURAAGUCCAGGGGAUCGCAGGAGCAGGAGCAGGAGCAGCAGGUAAUGGCUGACAAAUUUUCGAAACUCGAUGCCAAAAUGUGUGCCAAGUAUUUGCCCAUAAAACUGAGCAAACUCAAACGCUCCGAUUGCAGCCAGUGCGACGAGUCGAAGUGCAAGGAAAGUGAUAAUAGUCAUAGUCCCCAGCUGYUCGAGGGCACCAAGCCAAAUAGCGAGGUAUCUGGCCAGAGUGCAGCGAUCCAGUAUCCUGUCUAUACCAAAUAUCCUUUUAAUUUGACUGUCGCUGGCUCCGAGAGCGGCACCGUUGAGAGCCUCAACCGUCUGCUGGACUCCGCCUUCAAGGUAACGAAUCGAGUACUGGCCAUCACGCCGUGGGGCAACUAUGUGGUCUUCAAGNUCCACCUAGCACCAAGCCACCACGAAGUGAAGGCGGCUUAG